AAUACACAGGCCAUCGCUUUUAAAAAAACAAAUCACGCUUGGAUUAAGUUACUCGAAGACUUUUUAGCCCCAUGCUCCCGAGGCUCCACCCGCAGAAUGCGGCAACGCGCUGAAGCAGGUCGGUGGAUUGACCGGCUCCAGUCAAAGGGGCGCUGGAGGCUUCUCCUUUGAAACAGAAUCAGGGGCGGAUUAUUUUGUCAGCGGCGGAUGAGCACCGGACGGAGUGCGCCGCGUGCACCAUCCCCUCGGCAGUGCCGGCUAUGGAGGUAGUGGGGGAUUUCGAGUACAACAGGAAAGAUCUCAUAGGACACGGAGCCUUCGCUGUGGUCUUUAAAGGCCGCCACAGGAAGAAAUCGGAUUGGGAAGUAGCCGUGAAAUGUAUAAACAAGAAAAAUUUGUCAAAAUCUCAAAUCUUGCUGGGUAAAGAAAUAAAGAUAUUAAAGGAGCUUCAACAUGAAAACAUCGUUGCACUUUAUGAUGUUCAGGAGACUCCAAACUCUGUUCAUUUGGUGAUGGAGUACUGCAAUGGCGGUGACCUGGCAGAUUAUCUGCAAGUCAAAGGAACACUUAGUGAAGACACAAUUAGAAUCUUCCUCCAGCAGAUUGCAGCUGCGAUGCGAAUACUUCACAACAAGGGAAUAAUCCAUCGUGAUUUGAAACCACAGAAUAUUCUACUUUCUUAUGUUAGCCGGAAAAAAUCUAAUAUGAAUGGCAUUCGUGUCAAAAUAGCUGAUUUUGGCUUUGCCCGAUAUUUACAGAGUAACAUGAUGGCUGCCACACUCUGUGGUUCUCCCAUGUACAUGGCGCCUGAGGUUAUCAUGUCACAACACUAUGAUGCCAAGGCAGACCUCUGGAGUAUAGGCACUGUGAUAUUUCAGUGCCUUGUUGGCAAGCCUCCUUUCCAGGCAAACAGCCCACAGGAUUUAAGGCUCUUCUAUGAGAAGAACAAGAGUCUGGUCCCCAAUAUCCCUGGUGAAACUUCUACUCAUCUGGGUGGGCUACUACUCGGCUUGCUUCAGAGAAACCAGAAGGACAGAAUGGAUUUUGAAACGUUCUUUAACCAUCCUUUCAUGGAUCAGGCAUCAUCAGUCAAAAAAUCUUGCCCUGUGCCUGUGCCCACGUGCCCUGGUUCUGUGUCCGGUAGUUCUUGUGGCAGCUCUCCAUCUUGUCAUUUUGCCUCUCCUCCUUCAUUGCCAGACAUGCAACGGAUACAGGAGGAUACUUUGUCUUCCCCACCUUUGGGUCCUCCUAACUAUCUGCAGGUUUCCAAAGACUCUGCAAGCAGUGGCAGUAAGAACUCUUCAUGUGACACAGAUGACUUUGUUCUUGUUCCACAUAGCAUCUCGUCUGAUCAGUCAUAUGAUAUGCCAUUGGGAACGGUUGGCAGACGAGCUUCCAGUGAAUUUUUGAUGUGUGGAGGGCAGUCACCUUUAACCUCUUCAGGGGGCUCAGUAGCACUGCAGAGACCUUCCUCAGCCUCAUCCAGGUCAAGCUCUUCUAGCUCAGCCAACAGGCAGUGUCCACCUCCAGUGUCCCCUCGUACUGAGUCAGCUCCAAUUCCUGUCCCUACGCAGAUUAGAAACUACCAGCGGAUUGAACAGAACCUGCAUGUCAUUUCCAGCCACAACACUAAUCCCUAUGGAUCACCCAGGUCUGGAAUGGUAAAGAGAUCUAAUACAAGCCCAAUGGGUUUUAUGAAGCCAGCAGGAGGGUCACCAGCCACAGCUGAUGCACCACAAAACCCUGGCCGCAGACUCUCCACUGGAUCCUCCAGGCCAUAUUCCCCUUCACCAUUAGUUGGCACUAUUCCUGAACAGCUUAGCCACUGCUGCUGUGGUCUGCCCCAGGGACAUGAAUCGAGAUCCAGAACACCAUCAGGUUCACCAUCCCCUCAAUCACACUUACUGGGUGCAAGACUCCAGAGUGCCCCAACUCUUACUGACAUCUACCAGAGCAAACAAAAACUCCGUAAGCAGCACUCAGAGCCAGUAUAUCCUCCAUCAGCAGGGUAUGGAUGUAGCCAUUCUCCACAGCCCAAUAGACCUGUCAGCCUUGGUACUUCCCCUACAAAACAUAUGGGAACAUCUCCACGAAGUUCUGACUGGCUGCAUAAAACUCCCUUGCCCACUAUCAUUGGGUCACCAACAAAGACUACUGCUCCACUCAAGCUACCUAAAACUCAAGCAUCUUCCAAUUUGCUUGCCUUGGCCGCACAGCAAGAAUUAACUGAGAGCCCACCAGUACAGUCGAAAGCCAUGCUGGAGGCUAGGGAGUUCUGCAUCUAUCAUCCACAAGCAAGUGCUAAACGUACAGCUUCUGAGGAGAACAAAACUACUUUUGGCAGAUCUGUAAGUACAGGAAAAUUAUCAGAUCAAGUGACAAAGGCCACAUUUGGAGGGCAGACCUAUCAAGGCAGCACUGACAGUCUGAAUACCGAACGUCCGAUGGAUAUAGCUCCAGCAGGUGCUUCUGGUUUGACAACAGGUUCCCCUGCCAUGGUGAUGGGAGUGAGCCCAAGGACUGUGGUGUUCACUGUAGGUUCACCACCAAGUAGUGUCACCCCUCCCCAUAGCAGUCACAUGGUCACCAGAGCAAGGACAAUGUCAGUUGGCUCGGGCAGCCCAUUGGGAUCUCUCUGCUCUAACAGUGGGCGAAUUUACAUGGGUUCUCCGCCAGGUGGUUCAAUGGGCACCUCCCCUCCUGGAGCAGAGGGUCCCUCCAGUUUGAAGUACAUGACAUUUGGUACCUCACCUCCCAGUUUGGAAGGAUUUAUCACAUUUGAAGCUCCGGAGCUUCCAGAAGAGACUUUAAUGGAGAGAGAGCAUACAGAUACCUUGCGCCACCUGAAUACAAUGCUAACGUUUGCAGAAUGCAUUAUGGACAUUGCAGCAAUGAAAGGAGGUAGCUUAGACCUGGGGACCUCUUCUGCCUCUCUGUACCAAAUCCAAGAGAGCAUAGUGGUUGACCAGAUCAGCCGUCUCAGCAAGGAGUGGGGACAAGUGGAGCAGCUUGUGCUAUACAUGAAAGGAGCACAACUCCUAGCAUCAUCUUUGCACCUUGCCAAAGACCGGGUUAAAUCAGGCAAGCUGAACCCAUCCACAGCAGUUAAACAAGUUGUUAAAAAUUUGAAUGAACGUUACAAGUGUUGCAUCUCAUUUUGCAAGAAACUUACCGAGAAGCUGAAUCGCUUCUUUUCUGACAAGCAGAGGUUUGUGGAUGAAAUCAACAGUGUUACUGCAGAGAAAUUGAUCUACAGCUAUGCUGUGGAAAUGGUGCAGUCAGCAGCACUUGACGAAAUGUUCCAGCAAACAGAAGACAUUACAUACCGGUACCACAAGGCAGCAUUGCUGCUGGAAGGCUUGACGAAGACACUACAAGAUCCUGCUGAUAUUGACAACAUUCUCAAAUGUAAGGAUAAAAAGAAGAUUUCUUUAUUAUUACAAACCAGCAUUGAGCGCAGACUCUCAGCACUGUGUCAUGGCACGGUGGCUUUGUAUGAUAACUAG